AUGACGCAAGAGCACGCUGUAUUUCGCGUGGAUCUCACACAGAUGGACCUGUCACCAAACCUUAUCAAACCCGGUACAAUGAAUCAGAUCAGAGAGGAAACUGGGAAAAACCCAUCCUUAAUGACACUGAAAAAAGUGGUGCUUGGUGGCUGGCAAUCCCAAAAGAUCAAUCCUAGGACACCUCACGAAGGGAAACGUGUCGACCCAGAUGAUACGGUGGGUGAGGCUGAAAAGAAGCAAAUGGAACAAGAAGUCAAAGCCCUCGCAAAAGAUGUCCAGAAAAUGAAUGUUGCAGCAGAAUAUACAGCUAAAAAACUACGUCUCAUCGCCGAUGAUCUCGAUGACGUGUGGAAAGAUUGCAAGAUUACUUCUGCUUUUGGAAAUGGUGCUGGGAUCGUAAGUGGCUUGCUAACAAUUUUCACAAGUGGUGCAUUUACUCCUUUGGCAAUAGCAUUAGGAGCCGCCGGAGCUUGCGCAAACCUUGGUGCAAAUUAUGUAGAAAGCUCCAGAAAUUCCUCUCGCAUCCAGGAAGCAGAAAGGGCUGUGGCAAACGCUAACCGUGCAAUAAAUGACGUUAGGAAAAGAAUUCGCCAGUUGAAAGAUGGUAAAAGCAAUGCUCGACUGGUGUUUUGUGCCACUCUUGCUGCCAAAAUGCUUGGUUUGGACCAUCUGGUUGUUGACUUAAUAAAGAGUCUUCUAAGUUCUGAUAUCCUUUUGAAAUUUUUUCCGGAAUCUGCAGUGCAACUCGCUUCUCAAGUAAUACUGAAACUUGGUGAGGCCACAACCAGUGCUGUGGAAAAAGUUGGUACAAAAGCUGGAGCCGACAGAGCGGGUGCAUUCGUUGCCGGAGUGAGUGUAGCGUUCAUAAUCCUUGAUACCGUGGAGCUGAGUUUCACUGUCAGAGAUAUAGUCAAAAACAAAGGUUCACAUGCAGCCCGAUUGCUUAGAUGUAAAGCAGAAGAAUAUGAGGAACUUCAGUGCGCAUAUUUGUAA